UAGAAAAAGAUGUCAAUCCUGAAACAAUGCUCUUACCAUAUCUGAGGAAGAAGCUUGGACUCACAGGGACCAAGUAUGGCUGUGGAGGAGGAGGCUGUGGUGCCUGUACAGUGAUGAUCUCACGAUAUAACCCCAUCACCAAGAGGAUAAGACAUCAGCCCGCCAACGCCUGUCUGACCCCCCUCUGCUCUCUGCACGGUACUGCCGUCACCACUGUAGAAGGCAUAGGAAGCACCAAGACCAGGAUUCAUCCUGUUCAGGAGCGGAUUGCCAAGUGUCAUGGCACCCAGUGUGGGUUCUGCACCCCUGGGAUGGUGAUGUCCAUGUACACACUGCUCAGGAACCACCCAGAGCCCACUCUGGAUCAGUUAAUGGAUGCUCUUGGUGGUAACCUGUGCCGGUGUACUGGGUACAGGCCCAUAGUGGAUGCAUGCAGGACACUCUGCAAAGAUUCUGCCUGCUGUCAAGGCAAAGAAAAUGGGGUUUGCUGUUUGGAUCAAGGAAUAAAUGAAUUGCUGGAAUUUGAAGAAGGAAAUAAGACAAGUCCGAAACUCUUCUCAGAGGAAGAGUUCCUGCCUUUGGAUCCAACCCAGGAACUGAUAUUUCCCCCUGAGCUUAUGAUGAUGGCUGAGAAGCAGCCACGGAGGACCAGGGUUUUUGGUGGUGACCAGCUGACCUGGAUUUCCCCAGUGACCCUAAAGGAACUUCUGGAAUUUAAAUUCAAGUACCCGCAGGCCCCUGUGGUCAUGGGGAACACCUCUGUAGGGCUUGAAGUGAAAUUUAAAGGUGUCUUUCACCCAGUUAUAAUUUCUCCUGAUAGAAUUGAAGAACUGAGUGUUGUAAGCCAUGAAUGUAAUGGACUCACCCUGGGUGCCGGCCUCAGCCUGGCCCAGGUCAAGGACAUUCUGGCCGAUGUGGUCAAGAAGCUUCCAGAGGAGAAGACACAGAUGUACCAUGCUCUCUUGAAGCAAUUGAGAACUCUGGCUGGGUCCCAGAUCAGGAACAUGGCGUCUUUAGGAGGACACAUUAUGAGCAGGCAUCCAGACUCAGAUCUGAAUCCCCUCCUGGCUGUGGGCACCUGUAUCCUCAAUGUGCUCUCGAAAGAAGGAGAACGACAGAUUCCCUUAAAUGAGCAAUUCCUCAGCAAGUGCCCAAAUGCAGAUCUGAAACCUCAAGAAAUCUUGAUCUCAGUGUACAUCCCCUACUCAAAGAAGUGGGAGUUUGUGUCAGCCUUCCGUCAGGCCCAGCGGCAGCAGAAUGCACUAGCGAUAGUCAACGCAGGAAUGAGGGUCUUCUUUGGAGGCAGAGACGGCAUCAUUAAAGAGCUAUCCAUCUCAUAUGGAGGUGUUGGUCCAACCACCAUUUGUGCCAAGAAUUCCUGCCAGAAACUCAUCGGGAGGCGCUGGGAUGAAGAGAUGCUGGAUACAGCAUGCAGGCUGGUCCUGGACGAAGUCUCCCUUCCAGGCUCUGCUCCGGGUGGGAAGGUGGCAUUCAGGAGGACUCUCAUCAUCAGCUUCUUCUUCAAGUUCUACCUGGAGGUGUCACAGAUUCUGUGGAUGAUGGACCCAGAUCACCAUCCCAGCCUGGUGGAAAAGAAUGAGAGUGCUUUAGAAGAUCUUCAUGCCAGACACCGCUGGAGUACUUGCACAUACCAGAAUGUAGACCCCAAGCAGCUGCCUCAGGACCCGGUUGGCCACCCCAUCAUGCAUCUGUCUGGUACAAAGCAUGCCACAGGGGAGGCCAUCUACUGCGAUGACAUGCCUGUGGUGGACCAGGAGCUUUUCCUGACUUUUGUGACCAGUUCAAGGGCUCACGCUAAGAUCGUGUCAAUGGAUCUCUCAGAAGCUCUCAGUCUGCAAGGCGUGCUGGACAUCGUGACCGCAGAACAUCUUAGUGGCGUAAACUCCUUCUGCCUUUUAACCCAGUCUGAGAACAUUCUGGCGACAGAUGUGGUGUCCUGUGUGGGUCAGCUGGUCUGCGCUGUGGUCGCAGAGACUGAGGUCCAGGCAAGGCGAGCCGCCUCGCGGGUGAAGAUUGCCUACCAAGACCUGAAGCCGCUGAUCCUGACCAUCCAGGAGGCGAUCCAGCACAACUCCUUCUUCAAGCCGGAGAGGAGCCUGGAGUGUGGGAAUGUCGACGAGGCGUUUGAGGGCGUUGAUCACAUUCUUGAAGGUGAAAUACAUAUGGGAGGUCAAGAACAUUUUUAUAUGGAAACUCAAAGCAUGCUUGCUGUUCCCAAGGGAGAGGAUCAAGAAAUGGAUGUUUAUGUGUCCACACAGUUUCCCAAAUAUAUACAGGACAUAGUUGCCUCAGUCUUGAAGCUCCCGGCUAACAAGGUCAUGUGUCAUGUAAGGCGUGUUGGUGGGGCAUUUGGGGGGAAGACGGUCAAAACUGGAAUCAUGGCUGCUGUCACUGCUUUUGCUGCAAAUAAACAUGGUCGUGCAGUUCGUUGCGUUCUGGAACGAGGAGAAGACAUGUUAAUCACUGGAGGCCGCCACCCUUAUAUCGGAAAGUACAAAGCUGGAUUCAUGAACGAUGGCAGGAUCCUGGCCUUGGAUGUGGAGCAUUAUAGCAACGGAGGUGCCUCCCUGGAUGAGUCGUUACUUGUGAUAGAGAUGGGACUUCUGAAACUGGACAAUGCUUACAAGUUCCCCAACCUGCGCAGCCGGGCAUGGGCAUGCAGAACCAACCUUCCUUCAAACACAGCUUUUCGUGGAUUCGGUUUUCCCCAGGUGGGGCUGAUCACUGAGGCCUGCAUCACGGAGGUGGCAGCCAGGUGUGGCUUGUCCCCAGAGCAGGUCCGAAUGAUAAACAUGUACAAGGAAAUUGAUCAGACACCCUACAAACAAGAGAUUGAUGCCAAGAAACUGCACCAGUGUUGGAAAGACUGCAUGGCCAUGGCUUCCUACUCCCUGAGGAGAGUGGCUGUGGACAAAUUCAAUGCAGAGAAUUCCUGGAAGAAGAAAGGGCUGGCCGUAGUCCCCCUCAAGUUCCCUGUUGGUCUUGGCUCACUUGCUGCUGGUCAGGCGGCUGCCCUGGUUCACAUUUACCUAGACGGCUCUGUGCUGGUUACUCAUGGUGGCGUUGAGAUGGGCCAGGGUGUCCACACGAAAAUGAUUCAGGUGGCUAGUCGUGAACUAAGAAUGCCAAUGUCAAAUGUUCACCUACGUGGGACAAGCACAGAAACCAUCCCCAAUGCAAAUGUCUCUGGAGGGUCUGUGGUGGCGGACCUCAACGGAUUGGCAGUAAAGGAUGCUUGUCAAACUCUUCUCAAACGCCUGGAACCCAUCAUCAGCAAGAAUCCUCAAGGAACCUGGAAGGAUUGGGCGCAGGCGGCUUUUGAUGAGAGCAUUAGCCUUUCAGCUGUCGGAUACUUCAGGGGUUAUGAAUCAGACAUGGACUGGGAGAAAGGCGAAGGCCGUCCCUUUGAAUACUUUGUCUAUGGAGCUGCCUGUUCUGAGGUCGAAAUAGACUGCCUGACGGGGAAUCACAAGAACAUCAGAACAGACAUUGUUAUGGAUGUUGGCUACAGUAUAAAUCCAGCCCUUGACAUAGGCCAGAUUGAAGGUGCAUUCAUUCAAGGCAUGGGACUGUAUACAAUAGAGGAACUGAGCUAUUCUCCUCAGGGCGUUCUAUACACACGUGGUCCAAACCAAUAUAAAAUCCCUGCCAUCUGCGAUAUCCCUUCAGAGCUACAUGUGUCUUUGUUACCUUCGUCUGAAAACUCAAAUACCCUGUAUUCAUCUAAGGGUCUGGGAGAGUCGGGGGUGUUCCUGGGGUGUUCGGUGUUUUUCGCCAUCCAUGAUGCGGUGAGUGCAGCUCGACGGGAGAGAGGCCUGUCCGGGCCGUUGAGGCUCCAUAGUCCACUGACCCCAGAGAAGAUUAGGAUGGCCUGUGAAGACAAGUUUACCAAAAUGAUUCCGAGAGAUGAACCUGGAUCCUAUGUACCUUGGAAUGUGCACAUAUGAAUCAAAUGCAAACUUCUGGAGUAAAUAGGAUGAUUCUUUACACAGAGCAAUCUCUCUAGCCUGUGUACUCUGAGACACUAGCUCUGAAGGACAAAUUUUUUUCUAGUUCAGAAGUCAUUCCACAGAGUGUUGCUUUUAUAUGAAGCUGAUUUAAAAUGCACCAUUUAGUUUUGCUAGAUAUGCUUAAGCAAUUUAUAAAUCAUUUUAAGUGGCAUAAACACUAAUUGCUGUCUUCUAGAAUAAUCUCUAUUACUGUCUCUUAGAUCCACCCAGCUAAAUGGACUAGAUGGUGACUUGGAUGUGACUCAUAUUUGGCUUGUAUCCACCAACAGGAAUUAUACUGUCUAGUGAAAGGCAUUUCUCUAAAUAAUUUUAUAAUUAAUAUGAGCUAUAAAUUGUCAUUUUUUUCUUUUGUCCUCUCUGCCAUCACCUGCCUUUUCUUGUCAGGAUAAAUAAGACACUGUAUCUAAUGAGUCAUGGGGCCAAUGAAAAAAAUAGAAAACUUUCCUCCAAGUUUUCAUCAAAACUAAAAAAUAUUAUGCUUUAAAGGAUACUAUCAAGAAAUUGAGAAAAAACCCACAGAGUUGGAGAAAAUAUUUGUAAAUCAUGUCUGAUAAAUGCCUUGUAUCCAGAAUAUGUAAAACAAAACAAAACAAAACAAAAAAACCUCUUACAAUUCAAUAAUAAAAAGACAAAUAACUCAAUUUAAAAAUAGGCAAAGGAAUUACUGUAAUGGUUGU